ACCACAGCUUCUUCCAGCUUCCUGAGCUGAGCAAUGGUUAGUAUUGGUUCUAAGGUAUCUGAAACAUCUUAGAAAGCGUUGAAAGACCUCUACGCUAGCCGGAUUUAAUGGCUGUUUUGGUAACUGUGUCUGGCGCAUCCUCAACCUCUGCAGCAGGACGCCCGGCAGGAGGGGAGGGAACGACGAGCCAGCAGCAGCAGCAGCAGCAGCACUGCUCAGUGUGGUGAGAGGAAGGCAUAGUGCUGCCUCUUGUGCAUCUGAGUGAUGUGUCAAGGUGAACGGUGGAGUUCUCAAUUGUGAACACUACCAGUAUUCUAAGUCUUCAUGGGAAUAAAUGGCUGGCGGCCAUUGGCUGUGAGAGUCGACUGGUAUGAAGGACUGUGCAAUAGAACACACUUGCUAUCCUCGGAGAUUUCCGAGUAGUGAAAUAAAAAUAUUAUGGAUUGGCAUGCAAUGGACGGAAUAUAAUGCGUGGUAACCCAAUAAGUGCUUUGAGUAACGGAAACCUGCAGGACUUGAGGUUGCAGGGACAAGACGAGGCCAUGGAGGAGACGAGAACCGACCCGCCAGCAGAGGUGACCGACGUGCUCAUUAAGAGGGGCUUCAAGCGGGCAGCCAUCGUGGGCAUGGCUACGGGCAGCAGCACUGUGUUCCAGGGCGCCGUCACCAUGGGCGUGGACACCUCCAGCACACCCGCUGCUGUUGUGGGCGCCGUCCUCAUAGUGGUAGGCGUGGUGGUGACAGCGGUGUCAGCGGCAGGGUACCGAAAAUACACUGCCUAUCGUGCCCGUCAGGUGGACGCAGUGAUGGCCCGUGCCCGGCGUCUGGCUCGCGGAGAGGGCGGCGCCCCUGCCUUGCUUGACCUUGGCUCAGGAGGCGAGUUGCUGCGUGUGAUGGCCCCAUGUGAUUUGCUGACUUGUGGCGCUCUUGUCAACGGAGCCAGCAGCUGCAGGGAGAUGGCCGCGCCUCCGUCCAGGAAGGGGAGCGUGGACAUCCUGGCCGUGGCCAAGGCAGCUGCUCGUCGCGGCAGCGCAGACAACCUAAGUGUGCAGGUGACCGAUGCCAGCUUUGGCCCCAACGUCCGCCGAGGCGGUGAUGCACCGCCUGGAAACAGGCGGCAAGGAGGCAGCACCGGUAACUUGCUGGACGAUGGCAGCACACCUCCCACUAUUGAACUGUGUCCCGGCAUGGUGGUUGUGCCUGUGUAUCUGGAGGAGUGGAGUAGCACUGUAGAGGUGUACAUGCCAGACGAGCAUGAGGCGCCGCCUUGGCUUUAUUCAGAUAUGCUGCUGCUUUUCUGGCUGGCAGUGCUCUUGGCGAGUCUGGGCCACAUGAUGCUUAACGCCGCAUUCAUCGUGCUGGGCGCAGCCUUUCACACCCGGCCCAGCCUCACGGUGGACGUGCUGUGCGGAGUGCUGGGCAGCGUGGGAGGUCUGUGCGUGGUGGGUGCCGGGGGCGCUGCUCGCCGCUGUCACAUCAUAUACCAGAACUACCUCCGUCAGGACGCUGCCUCAUCGCUGGACGACACGUCGUUGUUCAAGCGCCCUGCCCUGUGGCAACUCCUAUGAGAAUAGGAUUUGCUUAACUCACAUGAUGUACUAUGUAUUUGUUUACUCCACGUCCCGCUCCACUUGUACAACAAAUCGUAAGAUAAAAAAAUAAGAAAAAAAAAAAACCCCAACCCAUUUCACAUAUUUGGGAGAAUAAUUUAGAAGCCAACAUUGACAGUAUUAUCAUGAACCAAGGUUCCUGCUGCAUUGCGUUACACUAGGCUAGUACGUAUCUCUUGGCGAUGCGCCUCUUGGCUUAGCUUGACAGGAUUCAAGUUAAACAAUCGCAAUAAUUUUCUUAAUAAUGUCACAAGAAAAAUAGAUAUUGUACGGAAACGUGUAAUAAAUCAUAAUUAGAGCGAAGACACGGCGGGUUCAUUAGGGACACCAACGUGCUUAACAAGACCAAACAGACCAGGGACUGAAAUAGCCGUGACUGGAGAACCUCGGCAUCACGGGGAGCUUUUCUGGAGUCUAGACUCCUCGGCACGGGUCCACAUUGAUCAGCGCCUGGCACCCUUCCAAGUGUGUGUGUGUGUGUGUGUGUGUGUGUGUGUGUGUGUGUGUGUGUGCGCACGCGCGCCCAUUAUUGUUGUUGUUGUUAUUAUUAUUAUUAUUAUUAUUAUUGUUAUUAUCAUUA